UUUUAUUUGCAAAAGAAUUCUUAUAAUUCAUUUAUUAUUACGCCCUAGAAGUCCAAAUGUCACUCAUUUUGUUAGAAUAAAAAGUUCGAAAUUAUUUGAUUUCGUAUCCUCCUUUCACUCUUCUUCCUUUCUUUCUCUUUGUAUUCAUAGUUCAUCUUCUUAGUUCUGUUUUUGUUUCAGAACGAAAAAAAAAAAAAUCUUCACAAAAAAAUAACAAAUGAAGAAAAUUGUGCUGAAAUUGGAUUUGCAUGAUGAUAAAGCUAAGCAGAAAGCUCUGAAGACAGUUUCUACCCUUUCAGGAAUUGAUUCAAUUGCAAUGGAUAUGAAGGAAAGGAAAUUGACAGUUAUUGGCUUGGUCGAUCCCGUUAGUAUAGUGAGUAAAUUGCGCAAGCAUUGGCCAACAACAGAGAUAGUACUCGUUGGACCUGCCAAAGAACCAGAAAAAGAAAAGAAAGAAGAGCCGAAGAAGGAAGAGGCGAAAAAAGAAGAGCCGAAAAAGGAAGAGGAGAAAAAAGAAGAGCCGAAGAAAGAAGGGGAGAAAAAAGAAGGGGAAAAGAAAGACGAGCCAAAAAAAGAAGACGACAAAAAAGAAGAAAAGAAACCUGAUCCCGUACAAGAGCUUGUAAAAGCUUAUAGGCAAUAUAACCCUCAAAUGACUACAUAUUACUAUGUCCAAAGCAUGGAAGAAAACCCUAAUGCUUGUACUAUUUGUUAAAAAGAACUUCUUCUUGACCUCUCAAUUAUAGGAGAGGAUCUUGUCCCCUUUUAUUUAUCAAGGUUGGACUUUAUAUUCUAUUGUUAUAAGAUGGAGAGCAAAUCUUAAAAAGAGAAUGCCAUUUGUAUAUAGUAAGUGUCAUGUCUAUGUUGCUUCUCUUUGUAUUUUGCAUUGGUUGUUAAUAUAUGAUCAAAUGUAUGUAUGGAUUAUAUCAUCUUGAUUCUUAAAUAAAAUUUUUGGUAGUGAGCUUACUAAUUA